CUCAACGAUUCCUCACCACAUCCAACAUGGCGGCGGCGCAAACGCAUAACCCAGCGCUUGAGGUUGCGUCCGAGUCCAAAUAGAGGAUGUCUACGGGGGCAAAGUAAGCUCUCAAGCUUUCUUGAAGCCUGGAAGCUCUCCCGGAACUCUGCAGCCGCAUCGGCUCGGACGAUUUCACCGUCGGGGUUUGCUCCAACAUGGCGGCGCACGGAUGGAAAUACUGAUGACAGUCCGAAAGAUCGCCUCGAUUUGUACGAUGGGCGCCAAUGCCUCUGCCUUGGAGAAGGAGAUUGGACCGGAACAGUUUCCCGUAAAUGAACACUACUUUGGAUUGGUUAAUUUCGGCAACACCUGCUACUGCAACUCUGUGCUGCAGGCUCUCUACUUCUGUCGCCCGUUCAGGGAGAAGGUGUUAGCUUAUAAGGUGCAGCCCCGACGCAAGGAGUCGCUCCUCACCUGCCUGGCGGAUUUGUUCAACAGCAUUGCCACGCAGAAGAAGAAAGUGGGCGUCAUCCCUCCUAAGAAAUUCAUCUCACGGUUGAGAAAAGAAAACGAGCUGUUUGACAACUACAUGCAGCAAGAUGCCCACGAGUUCCUCAACUACCUCCUCAACACCAUCGCGGACCUCCUCCAGGAGGAGAAGAGCCAGGAGCGGCAGCAGAACGGAAAGCUGGUGCAGAACGGCGGAGGGAACGAGGUCGUGUUGGGAAGCGGAGAAAGCGAAGGCGAGAAGGAGACGCAGCAGACGUGGGUCCACGAGAUCUUUCAAGGGACGCUAACCAAUGAGACGCGCUGCCUUAAUUGCGAAGCUGUUAGCAGUAAAGACGAGGACUUCCUGGAUUUGUCUGUGGACGUGGAGCAAAACACAUCCAUUACGCACUGCCUCAGGGGCUUUAGCAACACGGAAACGCUGUGCAGCGAGUACAAGUACUACUGCGAGCAGUGUCGCAGCAAACAGGAAGCCCAAAAAAGGAUGAGGGUAAAGAAGCUACCUAUGAUCCUGGCGCUGCAUCUCAAGCGCUUCAAGUACAUGGACCAACUGCACCGCUACACUAAGCUAUCGUACCGGGUGGUCUUCCCUCUGGAGCUGCGCCUUUUUAACACGUCGGGGGAUGCUACCAACCCGGACCGCAUGUACGACCUGGUGGCUGUUGUGGUGCACUGUGGCAGCGGACCCAACCGAGGUCACUACAUCACCAUAGUCAAGAGCCAUGGGUUCUGGCUGCUUUUCGACGACGACAUCGUAGAGAAAAUUGACGCGCAGGCCAUCGAAGAGUUCUACGGCCUGACGUCGGACAUUUCCAAAAACUCCGAAUCGGGAUACAUCCUCUUCUACCAGUCUAGAGACUGAAGCGGCUUGGGAUUCACGGCAACUUUGCGGCGGAUCGGGGUUGAGACGUCCCGGCCCCUUCGGAAGAGACUCGAGCGCGCGAGACGGACUCCGAUUGACGUUCCGAUGCCUUUCCGUUGAAUUUCACACGGGUUCCGAAAGUUCACCCCGGCACGCGGCCUGAACAGCUCCCGGUAGCGGACGGCCGCCGUAUCGCUACCUUCCUUCCACGACUGCUGUUCCGAACCGUACUAUUGAAGCCUCGCGAAUUCACUAAAUCGAGUCAUAAGAAGUCCUUAUUUAAGUAUUCAUAUUACGAAUGAAUGUUUCACUCAUUUUACCGGGCCGUCACACUUGAGCGACGCCCCGACCUACUUUUGUUGCGUUGGCAACUUUGGACAUGAGACUUUGAUUUUGCUUUCAUUUGGGGAGAGUGUGCAUGUGUACAUAUAGACAGAUAUUAUUGGAAGAGUAAAUAAAUGCUUGCAGAAAGAUGCUUUGAGACCAAAAACGGCAUUUUCUUCCAACAAGUGGCAAAUGCUGCCCUCUAGUGGUUAAAUGGAAUAUACACGUUUAAAGAAAAUGAAUUUUUUCCCCUUUCCCUUUAUUAGCUCAUCUCUGAUAGAGUAGCCAAAACGUUUACUCAACAAAGAGUAGCGUGACUACAAAAUAAUAUUACUCAAGUAAACUAGAAACUAAAUUUCCGGAGGAAUUACCGUCGGGGUUUCUUGUGGAAAGAUACAGAUCUUAGCCCCGCCCAGGUUGAGUUGGGGACAUUUCGGGAACAAUAUCAGGUCACUCCGUGUUAUUUGGGGACAUUAUGGGGACAGAUACUGUUGAUAAAUAAAUGGGAUGUCCAUGGCCGUCAAUGGAAUCCAAGUACAUUGGCAUGCACUGAAUUGACAUGCAUGGCCGUCAAUGGCAUUAACCAAAGUAAAUGCCAUUGGUAAUGAAUGGGAAGUUUGGACGUCCAUGGCCGUCAGUGGCAUGGACUUCCAUAUGCGUCAAUGGAAUUGGAGACAUUUGGGGGACACGUCCUACUGAUAGCUGGUCAUUUCCUUGUUCAUUUGGGGACAUUGUUUUUUUUCCCCUAUUAAAAAUGAAUGAGAAAUUUGGACACCCAUGGCCGUCAAUGGCAUCGACUUACAAAUGUGUCAUUGGAAUCCACGUACAUUGGCAUCAAUUUGACAUGCAUGGCCGUCAAUGGCAUUAACAAAAGUAAAUGCCAUUGGAAAUGAACGGGAAAUUUGGACAUUCAUGGCCGUUAAUGGAAUAGGGGACAUUUGGGGGACACGCUCUAUUGAUAUCUGGUCAUUUCCUGUUUAUUUGGAACAUUGUUUUUUUUUUGCCAUGGGACAUUUGGACGCCCAUGGCCGUUAAAUGCGUCAAGGGAAUCCAAGUACAUUGGUAUCAAUAGAAUUGACAUGCAUGGCCGUCAUGUAAAUGCCAUUUAAAAUGAAUAGGAAAAUAAGAAAUUUGGACGUCCAUGGCCGUCAAUGGCAUGGACUUUCAUAUGCGUCAAUGGAAUUGAGCACAUUUGGGGGACACGUCCUAUUGAUAUCUGGUCAUUUCCUGUUGAUUUGGGGACAUUGUUUUUUUUUUGCCAUUGAAAAUGAAUGGGAAAUUUGGACGUCCAUGGCCGUCAAUGGAAUCCAAGUACAUUGGCAUUGAUAGAAUUGACAUGCAUGGCCGUCAUGUAAAUGCCAUUUGAAAUGACUGGGAAAUUUGGACGUCCAUGGCCGUCAAUAGCAUGGACUUCCAUAAGCGUCAAUGGAAUUGGGGACAUUUGGGGGACAUGUCCUAAUGAUAUCUGGUCAUUUCCUGUUUAUUUGGGGACAUUGUAUUUUUUGCCAUUGAAAAUGAAUGGGAAAUUUGGACUUCCAUGGCAUCGACUUACAAAUGCGUCAAUGGAAUCCAAGUACGUUGGUAUCAAUAGAAUUGACAAACAUGGCUGUCAAUGGCAUUAAAGUAAAUGCCUCUGGAAAUGAAUGGGAAAUUUGGACUUCCAUAUACGUCAGUGGAAUCCGAGUACAUUGGCAUCAAUAGAAUCGACCGACGCUACAGCUCUUCUUACCUUCUGCCUGAAAAGUUGCAGUCAUUUUCAGCCAAGUCAGGGACGGAGAAUCUGGGGUAUUAUGUAAAUUAGCUAUACUUACAUACACAGAAAAAUACAGUUGCACACUUGAUAGAAGCAAACUGACCAUACUUACAGUGGAGGCUUUUAUUUCAUACAACAGAAAGAAAGUCAUGCAACUCUAAAAUGUGUACAAAAAACAGAAUAAAGUACAUUACAGUAUGUACAUUUGAUGAUUCCUUGAUCAAGAAGAGAAAAGAGUGCCCUGGAAAGUGAGGCGGCCAUUGUGUAGUGCUGUUGGAAUGUACGUAACCUAGACAAUUGUGAACACUGCCCUUCACCAUUAUACCAAAGUCUCAGAACCUGAGCCUUUCCCCGUGAAAAAGUCCCAAAAGCUGCUCUUGCUUUCCUCGGGUGCCGCCUGCCUUACCCAAACAUCGCAGUCAUCCGAUGGUGGGUGCAGACCGGAGGUGGAGAACAGGGAGCACAAGGUGGGCUGGGUCAGACUGAGCAAGUUAUGGUGGGAGUGGAACUGUCGCACGUGGCCGAUCGAUUUGCCGAGCCGGACUUCUCCUGCUCGCACAGAAAGAGGAACGAUAACAAACCGUUUUCGCUAAAGGUCGCGGGGCCCCGGUUACCGUAUCUGUGGUUGUGGCGCUUCCUGCUCUGGUUCAUCUUGAGCACGCUAAGGAAGACCUCGCUGCUCAGGCCACCUUCCAGAGACGAGCGGGACUCCAUGGGAGACAGACUCCCGGUGGAGGCCCCGACAGAGUCCAGCGAAGCCCCCGUAUCGCGACGGCCCCCGGAUCCACCGGCGCUCUCCGCCGUAGCGGAACUGCUGCUGCAGGGGACAGCAAGGAGCGGGUUUUAUAGGACUUCAUUUUGAAGAAUAUAUUACAAAUAUUUGUCCACUCAUCACCUGAAUUUGCGGCGGAGCAGGUAGUCGAUGAUGUCGGGGUCGCUCUGGAUCAGACUCACAAGGACUUCCUGUUGCAGCUCCGCUGACACCUACAGGACACAUUCAGUUGGGAAAAAAAUGCCAAUAUGUGGACGGAAUAUGGUACUAAAGUGAAUCACCGUGAACAGUGUCUUGUAGUUCUGCAUGAGCACCAGAGUGACACUAAUGAUAGCCGUGCUGUCUUCAAUCCCCAUGGCCUGCGGACCGGCGUCUCCUCCCCGUUCCCUUUGGAGCAGAUUGGGUCCGAAAAUGACGGCCAGAUUGGCCGCCGUCAUCUUGUUUCCAGGGAUCUGCGUUCAUGAGUGAGCGGCCAAGCAUCAGAGGUCAGAGUACCUUUACUUGAGGACUCCCACUACUGACCUCCUCGUCAUUGGUCCCGAUGCUGUCCUGGGCGAAGCUAUGGACCGUGUGCAGGAAGGUGAGGAGUCGCAGCAGCGUGUCGCAGUUGCAGGGAGGCAGCAGGUACAGAAGGUGCUGCAGGUAAUGGAUCUGCUCAGCUCCUCGGAGAACUGCAACAGUCAGGGAUUGAUUCCGUUACAGGGUGAGAGAUUGAUCUAGCUGGAAUGAUUUAUAGCGUACAGUUGGCGUGCAGGAAGGCGGGGUAGAGCUCUCUGGUGAGCAAAGGGUCCGGCAUGUCCCUCAAAAACUCUUUGAGCAAGGCGGCCACGUCGUGGACACUCUGCUCUUCGUCCAAAUGAACAUCAACCCCUGCGUCAAAGUCGUCCCUCAACUGCCGCACUCUCUUCUUGGAGCUCCCGACUCUGAAGAUGCCCACAGUCUGAAGACCUGAGAGGAGGGAAGACGAGUCAGCCGCGCCGACGGACGAAGGCGGCGGACUCACCGUGGGCCUCGAUGUGGUCGCAGCAGCGCUCCAGAACCCGAGGCACCUGGCGGUAGACUGGGUUGAGGCUAAGCUUGCUUUGGCUCCUGCCUUCUGAAGAGCCUUUCUUCAACUCUAACUCAGCUGGAUGGGAGAGUUGCAGAGCCUCCAACAAGCGGGAUUGACUGUCCACCAGGUCGGAGAUGGAGUCCACUGAAAGGCCACCCUGGGAUGAGAGCGUGAGGGAGCUAGAUUUACAUUCUGCGGUUGUUUCAGUUCGAAACAGAAGCCAUUUCCACGUCCUACCCUUCUCUGUCCUCGCCCGCCGGUGUCCAAAACAGAGCGCGGUGAGGCCAAGGCCACGGAGUUUUGCCCUCCCGCUGAAAGCACCUGACGCUUUUCCGCCCUGAAGCGCAGGAUGCUGGACUCAAGCUCUAAGCAGUCCCGCCGACUCUCCUUCACGGCAUCCUGACGUCGCUUGAAGGCCCGGUCGUUAGCGAUGACCUGCGAGAGCGGGAUGCCGAACGCCUUGGGGGCAGAUUCUGGCAAACCGUAGGGCAUUUUA